GCAGUGGUGCUAUGCAGCAUGGCCAUUGUCUUCUGUUUGUUUAUCCCGCCAGUUGCUCAUAUUGGCCUUGCAGCGGCGCGCGAGAGCAUGAGUAGACGAGAGGGUCCCCGCGCACGCGCUAUUAUUGUUUUGACUGAAAAUGCCGUCGGUUUCGAAAACGGCGGCGAGCGCUUCUGCUCAAACCGAGAAACCAACCCACUAUUCAUAUUUGAAGGAGUUCAGGACCGAGCAGUGCCCACUGUUUUUGCAGCACAAAUGCACACAGCAUCGACCCUUUACGUGUUUCCACUGGCAUUUUCUAAAUCAGCGAAGACGGAGACCCAUACGAAGAAGAGAGGGGACUUUUAAUUACAGCCCAGAUGUCUAUUGCACGAAGUAUGAUGAAACAACAGGAAUAUGUCCCGAUGGAGACGAUUGCCCUUAUUUACACCGGACCACUGGUGACACAGAGCGCAAGUACCAUUUACGUUACUACAAGACUGGCACCUGCAUCCAUGAGACAGAUGCUCGUGGACAUUGUGUGAAGAACGGCCUCCACUGCGCCUUCGCACAUGGACCGCACGACCUUCGGCCACCAGUUUAUGACAUAAGAGAGAUCCAGGCACAGGAAGCUCUGCAGAACGGCCAGUUGGGAUCUGGGGAGGGAAUUCCUGACCUGCAGCCGGGUGUGCUGGCCAGCCAGGCCAUGAUUGAGAAGACCCUGAAUGAGGACCCACGCUGGCAAGACACCAAUUUUGUUUUGGCCAACUAUAAAACCGAGCAGUGCACCAAGCCUCCACGUCUAUGCAGGCAGGGCUAUGCCUGUCCCCACUAUCACAACAGUAGAGAUAGGAGAAGAAAUCCCAGAAAGUUCAAAUACAGGUCGACGCCCUGCCCGAGUGUAAAGCAUGGCGAUGAAUGGGGCGAGCCCUCCAAGUGUGAGAGUGGGGACAGCUGCCAGUACUGCCACUCUCGCACCGAACAACAGUUCCACCCAGAGAUUUACAAAUCAACAAAAUGCAACGACAUGAGGCAAACUGGAUACUGUCCAAGGGGUCCAUUCUGUGCUUUUGCACAUGUGGAAAGAAUUCCUUCCACAGAGGAGACCAUGAGCACGUUGCUCACAGCAAUGCAGUCGGGUUCUCAGUCCAAGCUGGGCUCUCCACAGUAUCCAGAGUGUCCAGUCAGCGAGUGGAGCAGCAUCACCAGCAGCGACAGUAACAACGGCCAGACAGGAAGCGUAUCAUGCACUAAUAGUCCAACUGUAACACCAGGCUCAGGGAGCAACAGUUCUUUGUCCCCAAUUGGACCCAUCAGCAGGCCAAAAUGCUUAACUAUUGGUAGCUUUUGUUCAGAGUCCACCACGUCCAGUGUUUCCUCUCUGACGUCUAACUAUCCCAAAGCUCCAGGUUUUGAACGAGAGGAUCAGGCAAAGAACCAGAAGAGCCUGUCUGGGGAAAAUAAUCAAAAGUUAAUGGACCAAGACAAACAGGCUCAUGGCAAUGUGUUCUCAGUAGUGAACCCACUGGCGUCCAGCAUAACAUCAAGCAUCACGUCCAGUUUGGCCUCCAGUAUCGGAUCUGACAGUUCGUCACCCACCACUUUAUCAACCAUGAAUGCAAAAGCCACGCCUUUCUAUCCAGGCAGCAAUACUGUGGAGUCAGUAAUAGGAUCUGCACUUGACCUGAAUUUUAGCGACAUCAAUGUUGCCUCGCUUGACAAAGAGCUAGAGGACCAAGACAACAAUGGUCUCGGUUUAACAAGACAGAGGUUAUUAGGAGGCUCUGCUCCUGUCAAUAUUCCUGGCUCUCUGGCUCGGUCUUCCUCUCUGCAUUCUUCGUCAUCUCUCUCUGCCUCCCCGCUCAGCUCACUGUCUCAAUCUCUGUCCCAGUCUCUCCUCACUGGAAUGGCCUCCCAGCAGAGCCAGCCACAGGCACCACCUGUUAAAACCGAGCACGGCCUUCUAGGAACAACCACGUCUAUGCAGAACUCCUUAGGUCUGAAUGGCGGAACAGGGGGAAUAUGGGACUUUAUGAGUGGCAGCUUCUCUCCCAGUCCGUCUCCAGUGUUCAGCAGCCUUACUUCCAGCACGGUUGGCUCCAGCAGUGCAGACAUCAGCCGGCUCCUCCGAGAACUGGAGGAAGCCAAGCGCAAGAUAAAGCAAUGGGAGGAGGCCUGGCACCAAGUCAAGCAGGCCUGCGAAGCGUGGCAGAAAGAUGCUCACGAAGCGAAGGAGCAAGCUAAAUCGGCAGAGGCGGAGCGGCAGCUGGCGGAGCAGAAGCGGGAGGACACCGAGUGCAAGCUGAAGGAACUGCAGGGAGACUUUGACGUUUUGUGUCGCUCCCCCAACACGCCCCUCCUGCGCAGCUAUGGCAAGCUGGACCAGCUCCCCCUGCCAAAGCUCCGCUCCAUCCAGAGCCAGCUGCGCUCUGACCUAGACCUCAUUGACGGGGUAAUAUAUCAGCUUCAGUCAAAGAAAUGUAUAGUUUGCCAAAAGCAUGAUCGUUCCAUUGUCCUGCAGCCUUGCCAACAUUAUGUUCUUUGUCAGAACUGUGCGUCCGGUAAAAUGGAAUGUCCUUACUGUAAGAUGAAAAUAUUGAAGUGGUGAUGUACAGCUAUCCAAGGUACUAUUUAAUGAUUUAGCCCUUUGAAGAACUACUAAUACAUAUAAUAAUAAUUAUUAUUAUUAUGCUUACAAUUUCUAAAUAGCAUUUUUCUGUGUUUCAGUAUUUCAUAUAGUGAUUCAAUUGAUUAGUUUUAUUAGAAUCUAAUAAGUGGUGUUUGACUGAUACAAAUCAAGUACUUAAAUGCAAUACCUGUUUUGUACAAGCUAGAUUAUCCAUUUUCUUAAAGCAUUAAAAAAAAUUCCCCUUGGUUUUUGUUUUUGGCAUUUGGUUGGCCCUGAUUUGACUGUUAGCAACAAAAUCAUUGGCCUGACGCAAUUAUUGCUACUAGCUGUGUGAAGAGGAUUAAUUUCUUGUUAAAAGCACUUUGUUGACUUAGAAAUUUGUCUGAGGAUAUUUUUUUUUCUUUUAGAAAAUUUGCUUUAAGCUGCUUUGAAGGUUUUUCUUUUUCUUUUCUUAGAUUCACAUCUUUUCCCAAAUACGCUAACGUAUGAAGCUUUUGUGUGUACUGUGAAAAACAUAAUAGAAUAUUUCAUUUUUCUUAUUGUUAAAUCAUGGUAUAGUGUAUAUAUAUUGUUAGUUUUCAUAUAAAAUAGUACUAAAUAGUAGUUGUUAUUACUUUCAUUGUUACUUAAAUUUUUCAAUCAAAUAAGUGCAAACUUUGAAUGCGUUUUAGGCAUAACCAGCAGCUGUAAUAUCAGUAAGGCACAUACUGUAUGCUAAGGCAUUUAGUAAAUGGAUUUUUCCGUCUUAUAAUGACUAUUUAGAUAUACAUUAUGUACCGUAGUUGUUAGAGGAGCACAUGUGUUCUGAAGUCCUCAGCGACACAGGAUUUUUUAUUUAUUUUUUAUUUUUUCAGAUAUGUUAGAACAUAUAUCCGAUUCCUGGCCACUCCCUCUUAAGUGCCUUGCCUUAAAAACAGUUGAAGCAUCUGUGAAGAGUUUAGGAUUGUAGUAGAAAACCCAUAGCUUCUACAAAGUAUGUAUUUUUUCAGUAGUACCGUAUUAUCGGAGCAUUUAGCGGCCCAAUUCAGUACUAAAGUAUUUCCGAGAGACUUCACCCUGGUCGGUGCCUGAGCUCUGAGGUUCAGCUGAAGAAUCGAUCUUUUCCUUCAUUAACGAUGGUGCUUUUUGGGUGCAGCUUCAUUAUCCUUAGAAAUGUUGAAUCAUCCUUGAUUUAAAUGUGUAGGGAUAUUCAAAUCAGGAAAUGCGUGUGUUUCUUUGAUUGCAAAAACUAAACUGGCUUAGUACAUUUCUGUUUAUUGAAAUGUGUAGAAUUGUAGUGCUCUGUAGUGUUUACAGACCGAAAUCAUUGGUGUUUUUCGUAUCCAAAUUCGACAGUGUAAUGUGCUUAGGUAAUCUAAUUGAUAUGACCUGCUACUGUGUUAUCUAAAACUUUUUCUUUUUUUUUUUUCUUGUUCCUUUCGUAUUUACAGCAAUGAGUUUGUGCGGUAAAUUGUCAGGUACGCAAAGGUGCAAGUUCUUUUUGUCUUUCGAAAUCGGGAUAAACCGUUUAUUUUAAAAG